GCCUGGAACCUGGAGAACCGCUUCAGCGGUUGGUACGAUGCUGAUCUCAGCCCCGCUGGUCAGCAAGAGGCGCGGCGCGGCGGCGAGGCCCUCCGAGAUGCGGGCUACGAGUUCGACAUCUGCUUCACCUCGGUACAGAAACGGGCCAUCCGUACCCUCUGGACCGUCCUGGACGCCAUCGAUCAGAUGUGGUUACCCGUUAUCCGAACGUGGCGCCUGAACGAGAGGCACUACGGGGCUCUUACCGGUUUGAACAAGGCUGAGACAGCGGCAAAGCACGGCGAGGCGCAGGUGAAGAUCUGGAGGCGCUCGUACGACAUCCCUCCGCCUCCCAUGCAGUCUGAUCACCCCUUCUACAGCACCAUCAGCAAGGACCGUCGCUAUGCUGACCUGACGGAGGACCAGCUGCCGACAUGUGAGAGCUUGAAGGACACCAUCGCCCGGGCUCUGCCUUUCUGGAAUGAGGAAAUUGUCCCACAGAUCAAAGAGGGAAAACGAGUCCUUAUUGCUGCCCACGGCAAUAGCCUGCGUGGAAUUGUCAAGCACCUGGAAGGCAUGUCAGAAGAGGCCAUCAUGGAGCUGAACCUGCCCACUGGCAUCCCUAUCGUCUACGAGCUGGACAAGAACCUGAAACCUGUCAAGCCCAUGCAGUUUCUGGGGGAUGAGGAGACAGUGCGCAAGGCCAUGGAAGCUGUCGCUGCUCAGGGCAAGGUCAAGAAGUGAGGGUGGGCAGCAGGCUAGCAUGUAGUAGAUGAGUCCCCUGCCAUCUCCCCCCACCCCUCUGUGCACAAUCCCCACAGCCGUAGGAACUUGGAGCUGCGGAACUGGAGCAGCUCCCCAGGAUUUGGCCCGUUCCCUCGGAACCAGGCUCCCUGCUGCAGACAGCCGGGGUGCCUGGGGGCGAGGGCCGCGCGUGUGGAGCCCUGGCACAACAGGGAGCCCUGGCUCUGCUGGGCAGCAACUGCACAGCUCUCCGCACCGAGAUCCCAGCCCUUGAGCCCCGUCUGCAGGGGGACAUGCCAAGCGAUCCCUCACCAUGCCAGGCUCCAACUCCGCUUUGCUUUCCCGGCAGCUCUUGUCACCCUGUUACUGUAGUUUUGUUGCUUGAUUUAGUCAUCCUGGGAGCAGUGGGGUGAGCACAGCACAGGUGGUGACCAAGAUGGGUACCCCAUUCCCUCAUGGGCCUGUGGCACAAGGACCAGGAGGCACAGACACUGCAAG